AUGCAGCUACUGCCCUCAUGUGCCGGUGGUGCACAAGCGAUGUCCGAACAUGCACAAGAGGUGAUUGUUGUAGCCAAGUGGGACUACACGGCCCAGCAAGACCAGGAACUUGACAUCCGUAAAAAUGAGCGUCUCUUCCUGCUGGACGACUCAAAGACCUGGUGGCGUGUCCGUAAUGCUGCUAACCAAACGGGUUAUGUUCCAUCGAAUUACGUUGAGCGCAAGAACAGCCUGAAGAAAGGCUCUCUGGUGAAGAACAUCAAAGACACUCUGGGCCUUGGUAAAACAAAGAGGAAGACGAGCACCCGAGAUGCUUCUCCAACACCAAGCUCGGACACAGAGUACCCUACCAAUGGCAGUGGUGGAGUCGGAGGAGGAGCUGCCGAGAGAAUCUACGACCUCAAUAUCCCCACUGUGGUGAAGUUUGCCUACACAGCAGAGAGGGACGACGAGCUAACCCUGGUGAAGGGCUCCAGGGUUGUUGUGAUGGAAAAGUGCAGCGAUGGAUGGUGGCGGGGAAGUCAAGGGGGCAGAGUUGGUUGGUUUCCAUCCAAUUAUGUUCAGGAGGAACUAAGCGGACCAGACGAAAGGGGUGAGAGAGAUUCCUCACGCGGCUUCAAUGGAGGUUCUCAAGGGACUACACUAGCCAAUGGCCGCCCAGGCUGCCGUGGCGGAGUGCUCCAUCUGGUUCAAACACUUUACCCCUUCAGCUCCGUCACAGAGGAGGAGCUGAACUUUGAGAAAGGAGAGGUCAUGGAAGUGGUAGAGAAGCCGGAGAAUGACCCAGAGUGGUGGAGGUGUAAGAACUCGCGUGGUAUGGUGGGUCUGGUCCCCAAGAACUAUGUGACCGUGCUGGAUGAGCAACCCGGCCCACCCUCCUCUACAACGAGCUCCCCGCAAAAACGCUUGGUAGCACCAGCAUGCUCGGGAAGGUUUGCCGGGAGGGACUGGUACUAUGGCGACAUCACCCGACACCAAGCUGAGUGUAUACUUAAUGAGAGGGGAGAGGAGGGUGACUUCCUCAUACGAGACAGUGAAUCCUCGCCCAGUGAUUUCUCUGUGUCGCUGAAGGCGGUCGGUAAGAACAAGCACUUCAAGGUGCAGCUGUCAGAUGACAUUUACUGUAUCGGCCAGCGCAGGUUCAACUCCAUGGAUGAGCUGGUGGAGCACUACAAGAAAGCGCCCAUCUUCACCAGCGAGCACGGGGACAAGCUCUACCUGGUCAAAGCGCUGCUGUGACUCCGCCCACACUGGGUCUCCCUCCAUUCCCUCCUCAUCUUAACAAGCCUUAGCUCUGGACCCGGUCUCUGUGGGGAGCUCUCAGAACUACAACCACACCUGCAGCCGCUCCUCCCAAGUCUGCCGCCCUCUAGUGGUGACUCCUGUGCCGGGCACUGUGUAAGUAAACAUGCAGCUACUGCCCUCAUGUGCCGGUGGUGCACAAGCGAUGUCCGAACAUGCACAGUGAGCACGUCCGCUGCUACCAGAACGCCUGAGGCCUUGUUGGGGAAGGAGCUUUCUUUCUGAUGUCAUUCAUAAUCGCAAUUCACGUCUGUGUGCACACGCACAUGUAAGUUACACUAUCACUUUUAACCCACCAGACGGACGAUGCAGGACGACGGAUGUUCAAAAAAAAAACGUUAUGUACUUUAUCCUGUUUGAUCAGAUCACCACCUUUUUGUUUUACUUUCUUUUGUUUUUAAAUAAGUUCUUCUUGAGUUUGCAUUAUUUUUGUUUGUUUUAAUUCUGUCUCCAGUAAGGAAUUCACAAAGUGACCAGAAUAAAUCUUUUUGCCUUUUCCCCAGUUUUCAGUACGAAGGCCUUUACACAGUCAGCCAUGCUAAUAACUGAGACAAACAUGGCAAUUUUCUCAAAAGCGAAUGUCCAGCGAUAAUCCCAUGUUAACCUUUGCCUUUUUUUUAAGUGUUUAAAUUGGUUCAUCUAUCACAAAAAGGGAUGCUUUUGGAGGAACGUGACAAUUUUCCUUAUCAAACAUACAAAUUAAAAAAAAAUUUUGUUGUGAGGAUUAAUUAAUCCAUACGAGGGCCGUUUAAAAAAAAAAAGGAAAACUGUUAAAUUUUGCUGUCUCUGUAUUACUAAUGCUAAACCUUUUUCUGAUAAUUGUGGAUUUCUGGAUGUUGUGUGUGUACCGCUGUUUACACUAUAAGAUGUUGCAUUGACAUGGCGUGUUUGAUUGCUGAUAGGCUGCUUUAAAGGAAAUGCUCACGGGAUUCGCGGUCAUGCUAAACGUGCUUGAUGGUAACAGUUAUCAGCCACAGUUAAUGUUAACCUGUGAUGAUGUAAGCCGGUGCUAACGUGUGGCGUUGUAUACUCAUGCUAGCCAUGGUCAACAAUAACAGUGCAAGCCACACCUGACAUUAAUAAUUGAUUGUGUGUGCCAGCGCUAAUGUGUGAAUGUAUAUAAUGAUGCUAACCGUGGUUGAGAUGUUCCGCAAUGCAGCCUGUUGGGCCAGAAACACGCAGUGUCAACCUGUCUCUAGUAUAGACUGUGCCUCGCACCCGGAAAUCCAAUGAUUCCCAGAAAACUUUCCCAGCUGUAUUAAUUGUUUCAGCCAGCGUGAAAACCCCCAAAGAUACUUAACAUUGAUGUAAAUCUUCAGGAAUGAGGAGAUCGCUAUGUUUGGGAAGCUGGAAGCCGCCAGAAUGUACCACCAUUCUUUGAAAAGUAACUGAAUCAAACUAGCUGAUCAUUGAUAGUUUUGCUUUAUUUAUUCGUGAGUUUUAAGCCCCAUUCUCACGUUCACGGCUUUGUAUCCUGGAACCUCAUGGUAACAAACCAGUGUGUGAAGAUCAAAGUUGCUCAUGAUGGUGAUCUAUAACGGGGUUUGGUGACGUGACAUGCCGGUGAAAGCGCGGUGUUUGAUAGCACAAUGCGCUAAGCUAUGGUAGCACACCCAUGGCACUAACGGAAAAACCUCCCAGUGAUGUUACUGCAUGCACGUCAACAUUAGGGGCUCCUCAGGAACGCGUAGGAUGAGCAACAUAUGUCAAAGCUCACAACAGAGAAAUAGACUCCCACGGUGAAAAUAAGGCCACAGCACAAAGAGUGAAUCACUCGGUUCACAACAGCUACCUGAUUGAGGCAAGAUUACUAACUGGGACCCUCUGGGAUACUUGUCCGUGAAAGUGAGAACGAGGAUUUAAUGGCUGGAUUUAGAGUUUGAUGUUAAUGCUGUAGUUUUUGCACCUGGAACUCUGAUGUUAAGAGGAAAUGCUCCAUUAACAAAAUGUGAAUUUGAAAAUCACCAUUAAUAUACAGCACGAUCAAACAAAUUAUUGUCUGGUGUGAAAAGGCCUUUACUAAAACCUAGUUUGUGUUUUUUCAAAUUUGUUUUUGCCUCCGUGAGUCCUGUUUGUAUUAGUGAUGUUGUUGGAAAGUUACGCCCCUUUUAGAUGGACUCGCAGCAGAAAGUUUAAAAAGUAGCCCAAGAAACUUUUCAAAGCCCCCUUCGGCGUGCUUACGAGGUUGGACCAAAUAAGAUUUCUGUCAAAUUUGCAUAAAUGCAGUUAUGUUGCCCACAAAGAUGCACAAAGGUACAUGUGAUAAUUGUGCUAUGACAGACAUUGGCCAGCAGGUGGCAGAUACAAAAUGACACUAUUUGUGUGACGGUCCAUGAAGAAAAUGCAUGUUUGGAAGCCAGCAUCGCGCGCCGUUGCUCGUCUGAAAAGGGCUUUAAUGUCUGUGCGAGCUGUGAUUUUUGUGUAAGAAUGUUUUAUCGAUGUAGAACCAAAUGUGCCAUCCUGUAACUACUGUCUCCAGAUCUGCACUGCAUCAUCCAUACUGUGUCCCACUCGCACCGAACACCUUCCUGUUGGGUUCUGCAGUUUGUAGUUAACUAACCGCAUACUGACUGAACAGUUAGAAC